AUGGUAGUAGGCCGGGCUUUCGCCAAACGUCGUCAGUCUGUUGCACCUCCAACUCUUUUAGCUGCCAGAAAUCGUGAAAAGUCACUGAAACGACGUCGGAACACAGAUGAUGAUUCUUCGUUGCAAGUGUCAUCAACAUCAGAGACAUUGGAUGUUCGACCACGUGCCUCAAUCGACUUCCCAACAGCUGUUCUUGAGGCGGCUCGUCGAGCAUCACUCCGUCCAGGGGCUUCCUCACCCUCCUUUCUUUCAGAAUCGGUGAAUAGUCCGGACGACGAUACUGACGAUCACAGAGUUUCCAGUCCAGCACGUCGAAGGGUAGUGGAUGUAAGCGAUCACAAAACAUGUGCCUUAUUGAUGGCAAAAAUGAAAGAAAACAGUCGUCAAUUACCCUCACCUAGCCAACUCGCUGCCGAGGAGGCAAGGAGGGAGCAGAAGACCGAUGCUGGAGCUUCAUUUGCUGCCCGAAAGAUGACAUCUUCAUCUGGAGGAGUAGCAGCAGCCAAAGAAAAGGGACCAUCGUCGUUAUUCAUAUUCUCAGAAGAGAACAUCAUUCGUCGAAAUGCUAAAGCUAUUAUAGAAUGGGGACCUUUCGAAUAUUUUAUUCUUCUCACUAUCAUAGGCAAUUGUGUUGUUUUGGCUAUGGAGCAACAUUUACCAAAAAAUGAUAAAAAACCAUUAUCUGAAUGGCUAGAGAGAACGGAACCUUACUUCAUGGGUAUUUUCUGCUUAGAAUGUGUUCUUAAAAUUGUAGCAUUCGGGUUUAUUUUACAUAAAGGAUCAUAUUUGAGAUCAGGAUGGAAUAUAAUGGAUUUCAUAGUAGUUGUCUCAGGAGUUGUUACGAUGUUACCGUACUCGCCAGCGGCCAGUGGUCAAGUAGAAACGGUCGAUUUAAGAACUCUUCGAGCUGUUCGUGUGUUACGGCCAUUGAAACUUGUAUCUGGAAUACCCAGUUUACAAGUUGUUUUAAAAUCGAUUCUAUGUGCUAUGGCACCUUUGCUCCAAAUUGGAUUGUUAGUAUUAUUUGCUAUUGUCAUCUUUGCUAUAAUUGGUCUCGAAUUCUACUCUGGAGCUUUUCACUCAGCUUGUUACAAUGAAAGGGGAGAAAUUGAGAACGUUAGCGAACGUCCUUUUCCUUGCACAAAUAAAACAACAACAAUGGGAGUUUAUAACUGUGAUGUUGAGGGAACAGUCUGUUUGAAUAAGUGGAUAGGUCCAAACUACGGCAUUACCUCAUUUGAUAAUAUAGCCUUUGCUAUGAUAACUGUUUUCCAAUGUAUUACUAUGGAGGGCUGGACAACUGUUAUGUAUUAUACAAAUGAUUCAUUGGGUAGUACCUACAACUGGGCUUACUUCAUUCCACUGAUUGUGCUAGGGUCUUUUUUUAUGCUCAAUUUAGUUCUCGGAGUCCUAUCUGGAGAGUUUGCGAAAGAAAGAGAGCGAGUUGAAAAUAGAAGAGAGUUUCUGAAACUUCGUCGACAACAGCAGAUUGAGAGAGAGCUGAAUGGAUAUCUAGAAUGGAUUCUAACUGCAGAAGAAGUUAUUCUUAAAGAGGAUCGAACAACUGAGGAGGAAAAAGCUGCAAUCAUGGAAGCGAGACGAAGAGCGGCGAAUAAAAAAAUAAAGCAAUCCAUAAAACAGCAAUCAACAGAAACAGAAGAGGACAUGGAAGAAGAAGAAGAAGACUUAGAAGAAGAGUACUUAGACGAAGGAGUUGAUGGAGAAGAAUAUGAUCGAAGAAAACGAGGAUGUUUCUAUGCCUUGAACAAAAAAAUCAAGCAAGCGCGGAUAAAAAUAAGAAUCAUGGUGAAAACCCAAGUCUUCUAUUGGAGUGUCAUCACACUUGUGUUCUUGAACACAGCUUGUGUUGCUUCUGAGCAUUAUGGCCAACCGGAUUGGUUCACUCGUUUCCUUCAAUAUGCGGAAUACGUAUUUCUAGCCAUUUUCGUCCUGGAGGUUUGCUUAAAGCUUUUUGCAAUGGGAUCACGAACUUAUUUUGCAUCAAAAUUCAACCGUUUUGAUUGUAUAGUUAUCGUUGGCUCAGCGUUCGAAGUAGUUUGGGCUGAAGUUAAAGGGGGAUCUUUCGGAAUAUCAGUUCUUCGCGCCCUGCGUUUACUGAGAAUCUUCAAACUGACAUCGUAUUGGGUUUCAUUACGUAACCUCGUACGAUCCUUGAUGAAUUCAAUGAGAUCCAUUAUUUCGCUUCUUUUCCUGUUAUUCUUAUUUAUUCUCAUCUUUGCACUACUGGGAAUGCAACUUUUCGGAGGAAAGUUCAACUUCCCUCAAAUGCAUCCAUAUACCCACUUUGAUACAUUCCCAGUUGCUUUGAUAACAGUCUUCCAAAUUUUAACUGGAGAAGAUUGGAAUGAAGUUAUGUAUUUGGCUAUCGAAGCUCAAGGGGGAAUCUAUGGAGGUGGCAUGGUGUACUGUAUCUAUUUCAUCGUUCUGGUUCUUUUUGGAAAUUAUACACUUCUCAAUGUUUUCUUGGCUAUCGCUGUCGAUAACUUAGCCAAUGCUCAAGAAUUAACAGCAGCUGAGGAAGCGGAUGAAAAAGCAAAUGAAAUAGAGGAUGAAAGUGAAGAUCUCGAUGGAGACGAUGCCGAUGAUUUGGGUGGAGAUAUGUGUGGAAGAGGAAUGGAUGAGGAAGAAUGUGAAGAAGAAGAAUCACCUUUUGGAGGACCUCGACCAAUGGUCCCAUACACAUCAAUGUUCUUCUUAUCACCAUCCAACCCACUACGAGUGUUAGUACAUAACGUCGUUUGUACUAAAUACUUUGAAAUGCUUGUCAUGGGAGUAAUCUGCUUAUCAUCCAUAUCUCUUGCAGCUGAAGAUCCUGUAGAUGAAGACAAUCCUAGAAAUAAGGUUCUGCAAUUUAUGGAUUACUGCUUCACAGGAGUUUUUGCUUGUGAAAUGUUGUUGAAGCUGAUUGAUAUGGGUAUAGUCCUUCAUCCAGGUUCCUAUUGCCGAGACUUUUGGAAUAUCUUGGACGGAAUAGUUGUUACAUGUGCUCUGGUUGCUUUUGGAUUCGCAGGAACGGAUGGAACAGCUGGGAAAAACCUGAACACUAUUAAGUCAUUGAGAGUUCUGCGUGUGUUGCGUCCACUAAAAACAAUUAAACGAAUCCCCAAGUUGAAGGCAGUUUUUGAUUGUGUGGUCAAUUCGUUGAAGAAUGUAUUUAACAUCCUUAUUGUUUAUUUUUUGUUCCAGUUCAUCUUUGGGGUAAUUGCUGUACAGCUUUUCAAUGGGAAAUUCUUCUACUGUACUGACAAAACGAAAAGAUUCUCUCAUGAGUGCCACGGCCAGUUUUUCAUUUUUGAUAACCAGGAUGAACCACCGAGAGUCGAACAACGAGAAUGGAGAUUAAGACCUUUCAAUUAUGAUAAUACUUUGAAUGCUAUGCUCACGCUAUUCGUUGUAACAACAGGAGAGGGGUGGCCCGGAAUUCGUCAAAACUCAAUGGAUACAACAUUCGAAAACCAGGGUCCCAGUCCCUUUUUCCGGGUUGAGGUCGCACUAUUUUACGUGAUGUUCUUCAUUGUGUUUCCAUUCUUCUUCGUCAACAUUUUUGUUGCCCUGAUUAUUAUCACUUUCCAAGAACAAGGAGAAGCUGAACUGUCUGAAGGAGAUUUGGAUAAGAACCAAAAGCAAUGUAUUGACUUUGCUUUGAAUGCUCGACCUCGUUCACUGUUCAUGCCAGAAGAUAAGGGAUCUAUCAAAUACAGAAUUUGGAGACUCGUUACUUCAGCUCCUUUUGAAUAUUUCAUCAUGGCCAUGAUCUGUUGUAAUACUAUUAUUCUAAUGAUGAAGUUCCAUGGAAACUCUGAUUUUUAUGAGAAAGUUUUGAGGUUGUUCAAUACUGCCCUGACCGCAGUUUUCACUGUAGAGAGUAUCUUAAAAAUAUUAGCUUUCGGUGUACGGAACUAUUUUCGAGAUGGUUGGAACAGAUUUGAUUUUGUUACUGUCGUGGGAUCAAUAACAGAUGCUCUUGUGACUGAGUUCGGAGGACAUUUCGUAUCACUUGGAUUUCUCCGUCUAUUCCGUGCCGCUCGUUUGAUUCGACUACUUCAACAGGGAUACACAAUUAGAAUUUUACUGUGGACUUUUGUGCAAAGUUUCAAAGCAUUACCUUAUGUUUGCUUGUUGAUUGGAAUGCUGUUCUUCAUAUACGCUAUCGUCGGAAUGCAAGUUUUUGGAAAUAUUUGGCUGAACGCUGCAACAGAAAUCAAUCGUCAUAAUAACUUCCAAUCAUUUUUCAACUCCGUUAUUUUACUGUUCAGAUGUGCAACUGGAGAAGGCUGGCAAGAUAUAAUGAUGGCAUGUAUUGCCCAAAAAGAUUGCGCCAGAGCGGGUUCGGAUGAUAUAAAUAUGGAAAAAGGUCAAACGUGUGGCAGUAAUGUCAGCUACGCUUACUUCACAUCUUUUGUGUUUUUAUCUUCAUUUUUGAUGUUGAAUUUAUUCGUUGCCGUUAUUAUGGAUAACUUUGAUUACUUAACCAGAGAUUCAUCUAUACUUGGUCCUCAUCACUUGGACGAAUUUAUUAGAGUUUGGGCUGACUACGACCCAGCAGCGACAGGAAGAAUACAUUACACUGAUAUGUACGAUAUGCUGAGGAAUAUUGCCCCGCCUGUAGGAUUUGGAAGAAAAUGUCCAUACCGCUUAGCUUAUAAACACUUGAUACGGAUGAAUAUGCCCGUUUCGGAAGAUGGAACUGUUCAUUUCUCAACAACUCUUUUUGCUCUGAUUCGUGAAAGUUUGAGUAUUAAAAUGAGACCUGUUGAAGAAAUGGAUGAGGCAGACGAAGAGUUAAGACAAACUUUGAAGAAGAUUUGGCCUUUGAAAGCUAAGAAGAACAUGAUUGAUCUUGUUGUUCCACCUAAUGCUGAGCUCUGCUUCCAAAAACUAACCGUCGGAAAAAUUUAUGCUGGUCUUCUUAUUCUGGAAAAUUGGAAGGCGAAAAAGAGUGGAACUGAGGUCGGUGGGGUUGGUCUGUUCGGUGGAGGUUUACGUUCUCUUGUCAAUGCUGCUGCUAAAGCAGCUGGAGCACAACAACAUACAGCUCCCACGUCUGGUGCUAGUACAACAGCCAUACCUCCUUCAGAAUCUGCUAGUCAUAAUAUUGCACUGCAAGAACAACCAAAUGAAACAAGCUCUCUUGUGCCCUCAUAUCAGCAGCCAUCCAGCAUACAUAAUGGAAACAGGCCGUACUCCCUGUUUAACACGCUCGUCGACAGCAUAAAGUCCAAAAACAGUGAUGAAGGAGAAUCAACUCCCACAGCUUAUCAAGCCGAGAAUACAGACGCAAAAGUUGGUUCAACAGGUCGGCGUCUCUCUGAUAUGUUUUCGCGAAUAAGGAGAGGAACGACCUCUCACACUGAGCACCCUCAGCCUUAUUCACAUCGUUUCUAUGGACGCAGUCAUGACUCCAGAUACGAAGAGACCGAGCAACUUUUACCUGCUGGCCAUAGAUCCCGAUCUCCUUCACCAAGGUAUAGGUCUGUAGGAAGAAAUGGAAGUCCCCCUAGUCCAGCUGACAGGAAUCAUAUGUACAGAAAUGAAUACUCUGAUUCGCCCCCGUCAUCUCGCACUGGGUACCCAAUGACUGUUCGCGAUCCAAUAGGGCGCCGAAACCAAACACGGCAACGCCCUUCGAACCUUUAUUAUGAUAAGCCAUCAUCAGCUUAUGGCAGAUCGGGAAACCCUGGAGGAUUUGGUGGAGCUUUCGGAACUCAGCGAUUGGCAUAUAACCGUAGCCCUAUUUAUUCUGAAGACAGCCCGAGUACGAACGAUGCGUAUCGUCGACCAAGCGCUGGACCAUUUAAUAGAUAUCCAGAUAGUUCAUCAGCUCAGUUGAGUGAAGAUGAAGAACCUAUGCCAGCCGCGAUAAGACAAAGGCGAUUACCUUUAAUAGGAAGUAUGCCCAGUGGUGCUCCCUAUGACCCAGGGUAUCCAUAUCAGCGCGAUUUAGAUCCAUACGGAUAUUCUACAGGGCCUUCGAAUGCGUAUUCAUCAGGGCUAUCAAGCUAUCAACCUGGAACAGCCUAUCAAUCCUCGCCUCUUGUGUCACCGAGAUCUAACCACAGUUAUUUCACUCCAAGAAGCUCGGCAUUUUGUGAUAUUCCAUCUCCAAGUCCGGCUGGUAACGAAUCUAUGUUUCCCGGGUAUCAACGCAGUCCACCACCCAUACGAAGAUAUGGUCACCCUGCCAAUACAGUAGUAUAUACACAAGAUGGAGGACCAAGAACUCGAAUAAUACAAGCUCAACCUGGAUCCGUUCCUUUAAGCGAUUCUGAUCCCGAAGAAGACUCUCGUUGGGCUGUUGUUUGA